CUCCGGACGCGGGCCGUGACGCGGACGCCGGCGGGGCCGCGCGCGGUGAGGAGCGGAGGCUCCCGGAAAGGAGAGGAGCCUCCAGGAAGCCGAGUUCUCUACGCCGCUGCCGCCGCUGCUUCCGCCCCCUCCCGGUCCCCGGUGCGGCGGGCGUGAUGCCGCCCACUUGCGGCCCUGCGCUCCCGGGAGCCCCGGCCUGCCGAUCAGUUCCUGGAACAGGAGGACGGUAACUGAAGAAGGACCCUGGCACCUUUCUGUAACUCUGUGUGAGAAGGACUGGCCUCCACAGCAUUGCCCGGUCUCUGGCCUUUUUCAGCAUGGGGAGGAUUGGCAUCUCCUGUCUUUUUCCUGCUUCUUGGCACUUUAGCAUCUCUCCAGUGAGCUGUCCUCGAAUUCUGAGCACCAAUUUACGCCAAAUUGUUGUCAUUAGUGUCUUGGCUGCUGCUGUCUCACUUUUAUACUUCUCUGUUGUCAUAAUCCGAAAUAAGUAUGGGCGACUAUCCAAAGACAGGAAGUUUCAAAGGUACUUGGCCCGAGUCACGGACGUUGAGGCUACAGACACCAACAACCCCAGUGUGAACUACGGUAUUGUGGUAGACUGCGGGAGCAGUGGGUCUCGGAUAUUCGUCUAUUGUUGGCCAAGGCACAAUGGCAAUCCUCGGGAUCUGCUGGAUAUCAGACAAAUGAGGGAUAAAAACCGAAAGCCAGUGGUGAUGAAAAUAAAACCGGGCAUCUCAGAAUUUGCUACCUCUCCGGAGAAAGUCAGCGAUUACAUUUCUCCUCUUUUGAACUUCGCUGCAGAGCACGUGCCACGGGCAAAACACAAAGAGACACCGCUCUACAUUCUCUGCACAGCUGGCAUGAGAGUUCUUCCCGAAAGCCAGCAGAAAGCCAUUCUAGAAGACCUCCUGACUGACAUCCCUGUGCACUUUGACUUUCUGUUUUCUGACUCACAUGCCGAAGUCAUUUCAGGGAAGCAAGAAGGUGUGUAUGCUUGGAUUGGCAUUAAUUUUGUCCUUGGACGAUUUGAGCAUAUUGAAGAGGAUGACGAGGCCAUCGUGGAGGUCAGCCUUCCUGGCAGUGAGAACAGCGAGGCCAUCAUCCGUAAGAGAACGGCAGGCAUCCUCGACAUGGGAGGCGUGUCCACUCAGAUAGCAUACGAAGUCCCCGAAACUGUAAGCUUUGCCUCCUCACAGCAGGAGGAAGUAGCUAAAAACUUGUUAGCUGAAUUUAACUUGGGAUGUGAUGUGCACCAAACUGAGCAUGUGUACCGGGUCUACGUCGCCACGUUCCUUGGGUUUGGUGGCAAUGCUGCUCGACAAAGAUACGAAGACCGACUGUUCGCCAGCGUGUUUCAGAAGAACAGGCUGCUGGGCAAACAGCCCGGUCUGACUCGUGAGGCUCCAUACCUGGACCCCUGCCUGCCCCUUGACAUUAAAGAUGAGAUCCAGCAAAACGGGCAGACCAUGUACCUUCGGGGGACAGGAGACUUCGACCUCUGCCGGGAGACCCUCCAGCCUUUCAUGAACAAAACCAAUGAGACGCAGACUUCCCUCAAUGGGGUCUACCAGCCCCCAAUUCACUUCCGAAACAGCGAAUUCUAUGGCUUUUCUGAAUUCUACUAUUGUACUGAGGAUGUGUUACGCAUGGGGGGAGACUACAAUGCUGCUAAAUUCACUAAAGCUGCAAAGGAUUAUUGUGCAACAAAGUGGUCGAUCUUGCGGGAUCGCUUUGACCGAGGACUGUAUGCGUCGCAUGCUGAUCUCCAUCGGCUUAAGUAUCAGUGCUUCAAAUCGGCCUGGAUGUUUGAGGUGUUCCAUAGGGGCUUUUCGUUUCCCAACAACUACAGAAACCUCAAGACCGCCUUGCAGGUGUAUGACAAGGAAGUGCAGUGGACCCUGGGGGCCAUCCUCUACAGGACUCGCUUUUUGCCCUUGAGAGAUAUCCAGCAGGAGGCGUUCCGGGCCAGUCACUCACACUGGCGGGGCGUCUCCUUUGUCUACAACCACUGCCUGUUCUCCGGCUGCUUCCUGGUGGUCCUGCUCUCCAUCCUCCUCUACCUGCUGCGGCUGCGGCGCAUCCACCGGCGUCCGCUUCGGGCCGGCUCUGCGGCUGCGCUCUGGAUGGAGGAAGGCCUGCCCUCACAGAAGGGUGCUGGCACCUUGUGAGGAGGCGUACUGCUCCCGGAAGACUGUCUUCAGGAAAAGCCAUUUUUGCCUCAGGGUUCCUCCUCUGUAUCCGUGGUGGUUUUGUUUUUCCUUUCCCUUUUUUGUUCUUUAAAACAAAAUCGUUGGUUGGUAACUCCUGCUGUCUAGAAGUAUUGCAUUUAGCCAUGUUUUAUACAGCUUUAAACUGAGGAGUAGAGAAAAGGGAAGCUCACUUGAGUUUUGCUGCAUAUCCAAAUUAACAGGAUAUCUACCAAAAUUAGUAAGAUUUGGGGUUUUCCUUAAGGUACGUUAGGCUGUCAGCAGAUGCACUUUGAUAUGGGAGAGAAUGGGAAGAUGCUUUCUGUCGGCGGAGAUGGGAUAGGAGAGCGGAACCCUGCAGAACUGGAAAGCUGGUUAGGAUCCUGUCUUAUCUGUCCUGAAAGCGCCACCUACAGAGGGUGAUGUGCAGUUUUUAUGUGUUGUAAGGUCUGACACCGAAUGUGCUCUUUGCAGAUUUAAAAAUUGCAAAUCACUCGUAUCUGAAAUAGAUAAACAUAAGCACCAGGCGGUUUUAGAGUUCAUAGUAAAGGAACGUGAAAGAUGUGAACUACUAACAAGCUUGGCGUGUGUGAGGGAUGCGAAGGCCCAGGACGCAGGACUGUGGGACUGGUUCCUCUGGACACACACGCUUCAUGGCACACCCACCCCACACACAGUGCUGUUAUCUUUAUCCUGUUUUUAUCAGCAGCCUUAGAACACUUCACUUUUGAAAGAAUUGAAAAAUUCAUGAAGCUUCCCUGUUUCCGAUGUGUGAGAAUAGGGCCGUUGUCCCUUCCAGGCGCCUCUGCUGCCUAACUGCUCCAUUUUCCUCCAGCUUCAAGUUGGUGUCCCCAGUCCCCUUAGUUAGGAGUCAUCUCCACGGUGUCAUUUGGGAGCCCCUGCCUUGCUUGGCCAGUUCUGAUUAUCACUGCCAUUCCUACAGCUGUCAGUGGCAGUGCCAGCAAAGACCCUGCAUUUAAUACAAGAAAUAACUCACGUUUGGGGGAAAACAAAUUUAACGUUUUAAGCAAAAAUCUAAAAAAGGACAAUUGAACUGACAUAUGUAAGACUUUUUUAUGUAUUUAGUUUGGGAAUUUGGAGAAUUCUCCAAACAUUUUAGAAGUUUUUUGGUUUUUUUGGAGUGUGUGUGCGUGUGUGUGUGUGUGUGUGUGUGCGUGCACACAUGCGUACAUGUCCUAACUCCAAGACAGGUUAAUUUAUGUAGUUGGUAGCAAGUGUGUUUUAAGAAUCAUUAGCUGCUUAUUAAAUAUCAUUGAUUAAAGAAAGACUUUAGAUUCAGAAGCCCUAUUUAACUUAGAAAAAUGUUAGUCCAGCUCUGCAGUUCUGGAGACAGUGGAAGCAAUCACAGAGGAGCUCUGCCUUAAGCACCCCUGCUGCAAGAACCAGGAGAAAUCCCCAAACUAGGGUUCCAAGGCCCAAGCCCCCUGUACUUGGUAAGCACCUGUGUUCCUCUGACAACUCCCUGAAGCAGGGCUUGGAAAGCUAGCGCAAAUCUGAAAGGCCUGUGAAAUAACAUUUGAAAGGGUUGCUUAAAAAAAUAAAAGUGGAACAUUUGCAUAACAGAGACUAGAUGUGGCCUGUGAAGCCUAAACUAUUUACUAAAUGGCCGUUUGUGGAAAGUUUGCUCACUCUGUGAGUUGGCUUUCCAUCACUAUAACAAGAGCCUGAGAUAAUCAGCUUAUAAAGAAAGGGUUCAUUUUGGCUCACAGUUUCAGAGGUUUGAGUCCAUGGUCAUUUGACCCCACUGUUUUGGGCCUGUGAUGGCAGCAAUCAUGGCAGAGCAAAACCCAUCACUUUAUGCCUGGUGCAAAAGACAGAAACAGGAAGGGCUCGGCCCCACAAUCAGUUCAUAGGGCAAAUGCCAGUAACCUUGCAGACCUCCCACUAGACCCCACCCCUUAAAGGGUCUUCUACCUCCCAGUAGCACUAAGCUGGGGACUAACAUGGGCCCUUGAGGGGGCAGCCUAGAUCCAAACUGAAGUCUGACUCAAGGAAGGAAUCAGGCAGCAGUAUCCUCUUAAUUCAGGAAUUUAGUUACCACUCAUGGGCAAGAGAAGUGACCACACUUCAAUGUCAAAGUGUUUACACACCAGAAUUUCACUUGAGGAAAGAUGAAUUUUCUACCAAACCAUGAAAGCUGCCUGUCCCAGUUUGUUUAGAAUAUGCUAUUCCAGGGAGCUCAUCAUUUGUUCAGAGUUGUCUGCAGCCACAGUGAGUCAUAUUCCAUGAAGGACUUGAGUAGUUUCCUGUAGCACUGUGUACACCAUGGAAGAGAAGAGCAUCAAGUGCUUUCUCUUAGUGAUGUGGGGAUGGGUGAGAUGGCAAAGGAGAAGAAUCAAGUCAUUUCAAGGAUGGCCAAGAAGGCAGGCAGCCCUGUAUAAUUGCAGAAAACAGAAGAAACUGGAUUGGGAACUUGAUAAAAGGCUUGUCAAAGAAAUACAUUCUGUUUAAAUCUUGGUAGCAAGAAAUGCUUGUGUUCCAUAGCUGUGCCCUGUGGUUCUCCAUUUUAAAGGGAUGUUCUCAAAAUAUUUUACACUCUCUCUAGGGACAUCACAGUAAAGGACAAGUGUGGAUUUGCACCCACGCCCUUUGCACACCUCCCCUAAGCUGCUCACGGUAGCCAGUGCUUUACAGCUCAGGGGCCAGAUGCCAACCAUGCUGCUUGGGCCUUGAGGCCAGUGUUGGGCUUGCCAACCCCUGUCACCCUCACCCGUGCAGUCUUGAGGAGCAGGUAUUUACAUUUUACACUCAGGCCUAUAUAAGGUCACUUUCUUUGUAAGGAGCAUGUAUCACUUAGCAAGAAAGUUAGAAAGGCAAAUGUGUUUUCUAAGCUUUAAAAAUAAAAUCAGCUUUAGAAUUCUGUGCGGUAAUGUGCAAUGCAGCAAAAUUACCUUUGGUAAAUUAUUUAUUUAUUUCAUUGUUUUGUUUUUCAUGAUGUUGAGUUUUCCUUUCAAUAAUGAAUCAUGUGAGCGACCUAGAACUUUGUCCUGUUACUGAAUUAUAUUUUGCAGGUACAAAUUAAGAAAACUAAGGGAACAUCUGGGUGUGUACAUGUUUUUUGUUUCACUAAUUUUUUUAUUCAAAGUAAGAAUAAUGAUCACUUUCCACAUUUGGCAGUAUCGUGUUGCACACUUGCACAAGGGUGUUGAAACUCAAUAAAAUUAAGGUUCAUGCAAUGGCCCUUAGACUCAGUGCUUCCUUGUGAUUUGAACAGAUUUCUGUCCUUUGAAUCUUCCUGUAAGAAUGAUUAGUUGAAUUUGAGUCUAAAUUCAGUAAAAUAAAUUGAGUCUGAGUACAAA